AUGGCAACUUUACUCGUUGCAAUUGAGGGAUGCUGCCAUGGAGAACUUGACAUGAUAUACCAACACCUGGGCAGGGCCGCUGAGAAACCGGACCUUCUCAUCAUCUGUGGAGACUUCCAGAGUGUCAGGAACGAGAAGGACUUGAAGUGUAUGGCCGUUCCAGAGAAGUUUAAGAGACUGGGGGAUUUUCCGGAUUACUAUAGUGGUGCCAAAAAGGCGCCUAUUCUGACGAUAUUCAUUGGUGGAAAUCACGAGGCCUCCAACUACUUACAAGAACUAAGACACGGUGGAUGGGUGGCACCCAAUAUCUACUACCUAGGCCGGUCAGGAGUAGUCUGGUACCGGGGCUUGAAGAUAAUGGGGCUUUCAGGAAUAUGGAAUCCGCAAAGUUUCAUGAAGAAGCCGGUGAAGGUGGAGCCCCCAUACAAUCCUUCAGAGAUACGAUCUGUGUACCAUGUGAGGAAGGAAGAUUAUUGGAAGAUGCUGUGUUGCAAAGACACCAACGAUGCUGUUAUACUGUCUCAUGACUGGCCAGAGGGAAUACCGAAUUUUGGAAAUUUAGAGUAUCUUUUGAGGAAAAAGCCGUUUUUCAAAACUGAUAUUGGUACGGGCAAACUCGGGUCGCCUGUAAACAGAGAGCUUUUGUUUCGGCUCAAGCCAAGAUUUUGGUUUAGUGCUCAUUUACAUGUCGAAUUCAUGGCUACUGUGGUACAUGCAGCCAAAAGAAGGGGCAGUAGUUUGGAAAGCGAGGGAGAUAAAAAGUCAAGGGUCGUGAAGAACGUUGAUGAGAUAGAGUUGGACUUGGAUGAUUUUGAUGAAGAGGAGGAGAAAGAAGAGGUCAAAGAAGAAUUAGAAGCAAAAAAAGAGGAGACUCCCGAGAAAGAGCAAGUCACAGAGUUCCAUGCGUUGGAUAAGUGUCUCCCAAGACGGAAAUUUCUCGCAUUCAAACAGGUGCAGGUAACCAAUAUGCAUCACCCUUCUUUCACAGAUAAAGAAAGCUUGUAUCUUGAUGAGGAAUUUUUAUGUGUGGAGCGCGCUUUGCAGAGUCUGCGUUCUUCGGAGGUCAAGUCACCAUGCGUCGAGGCGAUGGAUACCAUUCACAAAGCAUUGAAUCCAACCGACGAAUUUCUGGAGGAAAUGUACUUGCAAAUUGAUGUCGAGUGUGUGAAGUUCAAUAAGAGGUUUGGUUUGGAUGAUCUGAGAUUGAGUAAGGAAUCAUUCCUUGCUACUGCUCCGAAUGAGGCCAGUAAGUUCGAAGCGUAUGUUAACCCUCAGACGGAGAAGUACGAAAAGUUACUAAGUGAAUAA